AAAUGAAAUGACCGGCAGCAUGCAAAGCCGGCUUAUUCAAAACAAAAGUAUUAUUCAACAAGUUGAAGUUCAAGUGCAACAAUCAGCACAUUGAGUCACUGAAAAUUGCAUUUUUUUGUGUUUGUUUAUUUUUUUGUUUAUCUUUCCAAAAAAAAAAAAAAACAAUUUUUAUUAGAUUGCAAUUUGUUUGAUUUUAUUUAACUUAAAAAAGAUGUUAAACUUUGAAGAGGCCAUAAUUCGAAUUGACAAUGAUAUUUCAAUUCAAGAUCGUGAAACGUAUUCCAAAGACUUUGACGCCAUAAGGAACUAUCUAAUGGAUAUUAUGAAAGCGACAGAUCCAGUGUUCAAAAAGAUUUAUGCUGGACCUAGUUUAUUUGGCAGCUACUUGGACAAUAUUAAAAUUGACAAACCUGAUGAAUUUGAUGUCCAUUUUUUACUCAAACUUCCAUUUUACGAAGAUAUUCAAAUUAAAAAAGAUAAAAAUCGACCAGGUUUUGUCAAGCUUUUACUAUCCAAGCCACUGAAACAAAUGAAAUCAGAUCCAAAUUUACAUUUUGUCUAUGAACAAUUUGAACAAUUCGUGACACCAUCAAAAUUUCUAAUGCGUUCUGAAAUACAACAUUGGCUUGAAAGAAUCAUAACAAAAGCCUUAAAAACAUAUGGCAAUUCAGUGCCAAAUGCAGCUGGCACCGAUGAAUAUGAUUUAGUUUAUUUAAAACGUGGCACUGCUCAUACAAUUGAAGCUACCUCAACAAAUGGUCGUGAAAUUUCAAUUGAUUUUGUACCAGCAUUUCGAUUUAAUGCUACUUAUGAUUGGUUUGCUGAAAGACCAUUUCCUAAAAAUAUUAAGGAAAAACUUUGGUUUGCUGUACCAAAACCGACUGUUGGUCCUAAAGGUGGACGCAAAUUAACAUUUUCCAUUUGUGUGCCACAAACUGAAAAGCAUUUAAUAACUGGCAAGUAUAACUUAAAGCCUACUCUGAGACUUUUGAAGAGCAUUCGUGAUAGAAUGAAUGAAGGAUAUUUUAUGAAAAGUUAUUUUAUCAAGAGUAUUUAUUUGCUUGAGAAUGACGAGCAAGAUGAUGACUUUUGGAUGCAGUCACCAGGAAAAUUGUUAUUGCAUACGCUGGAUAAGCUGUUAUUUUUCUUGGACUCAAAAUGUAUUCCAUUCUAUUGGUGUCCUUCUAUGAACUUGCUGGCAAGUUUGGAUGAAAUACGAGUAAUAAUUUUAAAGGAGAGUUUUCAAAAAGUUCGAAACAAGUUGGUGCAAUUUUCACAAAAGCCAGGAGUUGAUUACAACAAAAUGCGACGCUUGUUUGGUAUCGCAACCAAACCUCUUAAGCAGGAAUAUGUACAAAAUUGAAUGCAUGUUUUGUAUUUUUGUUCAUUUUAUAUAAUAAUUCAAAUUUGUAUUCUUUUAAUGUGCCUUUACUUAUACCAAAUAAAAGCAAAAGUGAUUUUUUUUUUAUUUUAA